GAACUGUGCCGCUGUCGGUUCGCACCCCAGGACGUGGCGGUCGGUCCUCACGCCAUAUGUGACUGUGCUGGAUACAUACAGUGAAACCAUUGACGUCACCAUGGUAGAGACCGAGUAAGCGAUGUGCUGUGUGCAGGCAGAGAGGGUGUUCCCUGCCUCGGACAGCGAGGAGAGUGAGGAGGGCCCCCCUCGUGGCCCCCUCACACGCACGUGCCCACCUCCCCGUGACCUUCCCCUCUGGGGAGGGUUUCUGCACGACCCCCCGCCAUGCCGCCACCACAUGCUUCCCGCUCGACGGUCCUUCUCCUCCUCCAUCGUCGCAGAGCUGAGCGCAGUGGGUCCAGGACCAACGUUAGACUCCUCUUGCGAGUUUCUGGUAACUUGGUCCUCAAGGUCUUUUAUGUUUUUCUGCAACUUUUAUGUGGCAAAUAUGUGUUAGCCACUUUGACUUAAAGUGUGUUUAGAUAUGAACAUGAAAAUGAAGCAUAAUCAGUAGGCUUACAAAUUUGAAUAUGAUUUGUUGCAACACAUA